AUGCCCGAAUCCACCCUGCAUUCUGAAGACCCUGAGGGACAUCCAUCCCACGGACAUCCCCGGACACGUCCAGUACCCGGGGGGCAUUCCGCCUCCGGGCAUCCUGGGCGCGGCGCACACUCGGUACAGCAGCCCAAACGCCCUGAGCAUCCGGAACCCAGCACGCACGCCGCGCCCUCAAAGAAGCCCACAGUUUCCCUACACCCGACGCCAGUCGAAACAGAGCGGCUGAGCGAAUCAGAGAAGGCGGCGAUCCGAGACCGGGCGAAGGGUCGGACCAGAGUCCCACCCAAAUUCAGGGACAGCUGCAAGCAUUUUUUCUUCUCGCCCACGGGAGCGCUGAAGGUCCUGAGGCUGGGUCUUCUCAUAGGAUCAGCAGCUUGUUUCAUCAUUGCUGAAGCCCAUGGGUCAUACAUAGCAAUCACAGUUCUGGAAACCUGCAUUGUUCUGUUUUUUAUUCUAAUAUACAUGCUAACACUUCACCACUUGCUGACUUAUAUACAUUGGCCCUUACUUGAUCUUAUCAACAGUUUCAUUACAACUGUGUUCCUUUUAAUAGUUGCUGUCUUGGCAAUGCACGAAAAGGAAAGAAGGCAUUUAUUCUAUGUUGGAGGGUCCCUGUGUCUCGCUGCGGUAAUCGUGUGUCUCAUCGAUGCGACUGUGGUCACCAAGAGGAUGAGGACUGUCAUGAAAAAAGUGCUGAGAUUCGGAGACGAAACCAGUGUCUCCCCAGACCCAGCAGAACCCGCCGCAGAACCUGCCGCAGAACCCGCCCCAGAAUCCGAGAAGGCGUUCACCCCCACACCCUCUCGGGCGCCCUCUCGGGCACCCUCUCGGGCACCCUCUCGGGCACCCUCGCGGGCACCCUCGCGGGCACCCUCGCGAGCACCCUCGCGGGCACCUCCCUCCCACUCCUGA